GGUGGGGUGAAAGAGUUGACGAUGUCUUUUUGUUGUUGCGUAUCUAGACAAGAUUAACAAAUGGCUUUACAGCUGAGCAGAGCCGCAUUCAAAUUCCUACUCGCCAACGCCCUGCUUGGGCUGGCUCCUGUUCUUUCAGUGUCUCGGUUUCCAUGUUUGUAAAAUGGUGAUAAUAAUAGUAUCUACCUCAGAGACGUUUAUCUCAGAGGCUUGUAAUGUGUUAGUGCUUAUAAGAUAUUUAAGACCAAUAUUGGCUCCGAAAGAUAUUCGCUAUUAUUUUGGAGUGAAAAACGCGCGUAACAGAAUGAGAAAAAACACAAAUUAUGUAAAUUUGUUUAUUAUACUGCUUUUCCUGCCCAUCAACUUCUUCCCUAGGAGAAAUUCGAGUUAUAAAAGAGACAUAUCAAUCUUUACCGCUGAAAAAAAUUUACGAUUUGAGAAUUACCUCAAAAUAGCGGGGAUUGGAAUUUUCCAUAUUGAAAAGUUUAAAAGGCGGGGGUUGAGGGGAGAUGGAGAACGAGAGCGAUCAGGGGAUGAACCACAUGCGAUGAGUAGGCCUUGUUUGUAUCCUGCUUUGAACACACAAACUGUAAAAAAAAAAAAAAACUUUAAGAUUCAUCGGGAAAAUUUGAAGACCGGUUUGACGGUUUUUUAAAGGAACUAUGUCGAUUUUUUAGACGUUAUAAUGGCAUGAAUGGUUAUAUUUUCAAAUUGUCUCUCUUGUAGAAAUAUAUAGGAAAAUAUUUGCGUAUUAAGUAAUAAAAUGUCUGGGAAUGACUUCACAUACGUAGGUGACUAGGAUUUGCUUCAGAAUAAUCUCAGCGAUAGGAGGAAGUGGGGAGGGGUAUAGAUGAAACAAAAUUGGCCCUAAGUUAAUAAUUGUUUGAGUUAAGUGAUAGGGUAUAUGGGGUUCCUUAUAUUAUUGUCUCCUUUGGUAUAUUUUUGACAUUUUCCAUAAUAAAAUACAGAAAAUCAGCUAUUCGGUGAGCUUAAAAAAAAUCUGAGGGGGGGGGGAGCAGUGGGUGGGGUUAUAGAUGAAACAAGAUGGCCUUCAGUUCGUAAUUGUUGAAGCUGGGUGAUUGUUGCAGGUUUACAGUACUCUUCCUUCUACAUUUUUGUUUAUUUGAAAUUAUCCUUAAUAAAAAGUUUAAAAAAGACAAUCACUUUAUUGAAAAUCAGGAUAAAUGUACAGUAAAGUAAAUUUGAAAAUACAAGCACAAGAAGGGAAAAAGAAACAUUUGUGUAAUAUUUAUCAGCUAUGGUGUGCUUUGUGUGUGAUAAAGUGCAUUGGUUGAUGAAGAAAAAAGGGAUCUCAUAUCUUUUUAUUUUAUGUCCUUUUCUGUCCCCUUCUUUGACCUUCCAGGCCAUCAUUAGAAAAGCUAAGUUUGCUGUAUAAUAAGGGUCAGAAGAUCUGAUCCUGAUUGCAGAACUAUCCCUGAUUACAGAAUCUGGAUUGUGUCUCCCAGCUUAUCCUUCCAGACCAUCCCAGGAGAUCUAGGGAGGUUCCAUCUGGGAAAACACUAGGAGUUCUUGGAAAGGAAAGAAGGAAGAGGAUUAUUGGUUGAAAUAAAAACAGGGUUGAAUGAGUUCCAGAAAGCAGGGUUCUCAAACUCGUGGACAACAAUCUGCAGAAGAAGACAACUUCAAAAAACCAACUAGAAGCAAUAUGCAGAGAAGUAAGAUGAGAGGGGCCUCCUCAGGAAAGAAAACUGCUGGUCCACAACAGAAAAAUCUGGAACCAGCUCUCCCAGGCAGAUGGGGGGGUCGCUCUGCAGAGAACCCCCCUUCAGGAUCAGUGAGGAAGACAAGAAAGAACAAACAGAAGACACCUGGAAAUGGAGAUGGUGGCAGUACCAGCGAAGCACCUCAGCCACCUCGGAAGAAAAGGGCCCGGGCAGACCCUACUGUUGAAAGUGAGGAGGCAUUUAAGAAUAGAAUGGAAGUUAAAGUGAAGAUUCCUGAAGAAUUAAAACCGUGGCUUGUUGAGGACUGGGACUUAGUUACCAGGCAGAAGCAGCUGUUUCAACUCCCUGCUAAGAAAAAUGUAGAUGCUAUCCUGGAAGAGUAUGCAAAUUGUAAGAAGUCGCAGGGAAAUGUCGAUAAUAAGGAAUAUGCGGUUAAUGAAGUUGUGGCAGGAAUAAAAGAAUAUUUCAAUGUGAUGUUGGGCACUCAGCUGCUCUACAAAUUUGAGAGGCCCCAGUAUGCCGAAAUCCUCUUGGCUCACCCUGAUGCACCAAUGUCCCAGGUUUAUGGAGCCCCACAUCUACUGAGAUUAUUUGUAAGAAUCGGAGCAAUGUUGGCAUAUACGCCCCUUGAUGAGAAGAGCCUUGCAUUAUUGUUGGGCUAUUUGCAUGAUUUCCUAAAAUAUCUGGCAAAGAAUGCUGCGUCUCUGUUUACUGCCAGUGAUUACAAAGUGGCUUCGGCUGAGUACCACCGUAAAGCCCUGUGAGGGUCUACUGACCACUCACUGUUAUGUCUGGUAUCUGUAAACACUCUUUUUGUUCUUAGUCUUUUUCUUGUAUAAUUGAUGUUCUUUAAAAAUUGUUAAUGUAUAACAGGGCUUAUGUUUCAGUUUUGUUUUCUGUUUUGUUUUAAACAGAAAAUGAAAGGUGUGCAAGCUCCUUUUCUCAUUUCAAAGUUGCUACCAGUGUAUGCAGUAAUUAGACAAAGAAGAAACAUUCAGUAGAACAUUUUAUUGCCUAGUUGACAACAUUGCUUGAAUGCUGGUGGUUCUAUCCCUUUGACACUACACAAUUUUCUAAUAUGCGUUAAUGCUCCGUGACAAAAUGCCCUGAUUCCUAGUGCCAAAGGUUCAACUUAAUGUAUAUACCCGAAAACCCAUGCAUUUGUGCUCUUUUUUUUUUUUUUUUUAUGGUGCUUGAAGUAAAACAGCCCAUCCUCUGCAAGUCCAUCUAUGUUGUUCCUUAGGCAUUCUCUCUUUGCUCAAAUUGUUGAAGGAUGGUGGUUUGUUUCAUGGUUUUUGUAUUUGAGUCUAAUGCACGUUCUAACAUAAUAGAGGCAAUGCAUUAUUGUGUAGCCACGGUUUUCUGGAGAAGUUGAUAUUUUAGGAAUUGUAUUUCAGAUCUUAAAUAAAAUUUGUUUCUAAAUUUCAAAGCAA